AUGGAGACAGCCACCACACCAGAGACGGCCUCGCACUCCCAGCGGCAGGUAGAAGCAGCUGCUGACCCAGCGGAUGCCGCAGGACCCCGGGCUUCAUGUCAACGGGAGGCGGACGGCCCCUCACAGCAGCUCCUGCCCUCUAUUGAAGAGCACCCCAAGAUCUGGCUACCUCGGGCCCUGAGACAGACUUACAUCCGGAAGGUUGGGGACACAGUGAAUCUACUAAUCCCAUUCCAGGGCAAACCCAAACCUCAGACCACCUGGACUCACAAUGGCUCUGCCCUGGACAACAGCCGUGUGAGUGUGCGGAAUGGGGAGCAGGACUCCAUCCUUUUCAUCAGAGAAGCCCGGCGUGCUGAUUCAGGAUGCUACCAACUCUGUGUGCGGCUUGGUGGACUGCAGGCCACUGCCACCAUCAAUAUCCUGGUGAUCGAGAAGCCAGGUCCUCCUCAGAGCAUUAAGUUGGUGGAUGUUUGGGGCUCCAACGCUACUCUGGAAUGGACACCUCCACAAGAUACGGGCAAUACGGCACUGCUGGGAUACACGGUGCAGAAGGCUGACAGAAAGUCUGGGCUGUGGUUCACGGUCCUGGAGCGUUAUCACCGUACCAGCUGCAUUGUCUCCGACCUCAUCGUUGGCAACUCCUAUGCCUUCCGUGUCUUUGCCGAGAACCAGUGUGGGCUCAGUGAAACAGCUCCGGUCACAGCUGACCUCGCCCACAUCCAGAAGGCAGCUACUGUUUACAAGACCAAGGGGUUUGCCCAGCGGGAUCUCUCAGAAGCCCCCAAGUUCACCCAGCCUCUGGCAGACUGCACUACCAUCACUGGCUACGACACCCAGCUCUUCUGCUGUGUGCGCGCCUCCCCCCGGCCCAAGAUCAUCUGGCUAAAGAACAAGAUGGAUCUCCAAGGCAACCCCAAGUACAGAGCCCUCAGUCACCUAGGGAUCUGCUCCCUGGAGAUCCGCAAGCCUAGUCCCUUUGAUGGAGGCAUCUAUACCUGCAAGGCCAUCAAUGCCCUGGGAGAGGCAUCCGUGGACUGUCGGGUGGAUGUUAAAGGUAAAGAUGGAGAAUUAGUGCCCAUGUCUCCUCCUCCCACCAUCCAAGAACGACACAAGCUGAGAUGGAAAAGGUCCCUGCUUUGUAUGCGUUGCCUGUUGCAGUGA